UAGCCAUUGAUGGCGAAGACUUAUGGAACCAUGUCUGAGGCCGACCCCGUCCUCUAUUCGUCGUCUUCCAACACAAUUAUCGCUCGUUCCGGUAGUCCUACCAGCGUUGGCAAGCAGACAAACGAUAGUAGGAGUUGUAGUAGUCCAAUCCGAUCCAAUAUUGGUGGAAACCAUGAGCGACACUCUUCUGACGAGUCCCCCUUGUUGAAUCAUGGAUCACACGGUAAUCAUGAUAUUGGUCAUGGUAACGAGGUUGGUCCAUCUGCUGGCUUCUGGAGCUACAAUUAAUUUGGCCAAUACCAUUCUAGGUACAGGCAUGCUUGCCAUGCCUGGAGCACUAGCAGCUGUGGGAAUGAUCUUAGGAAGCUUCAUGAUAGUAUUUUCAGCCUUUGCAUCUGGACUUGGACUUUACUUUUUGACACGGAGUGCUAGUAGGACUGAAGGCCGAUCAGCGUCAUUCUUUGCCUGUUCGAAACUCACAUACCCUUGGGCAGCAGUGAUUUUUGAUUUUGCAAUCGCAAUCAAAUGCUUUGGUGUCGGUAUCUCUUACUUGAUCAUUAUUGGAGAUCUGAUGCCUGAAGUCGUAAAAUCUAUGAGUACACUGGCGUUUGUUGCGGCAGGCGGUGAUGGAUCAGGAGAUAUGGAUCCCAUUCUCUGGUUCCUGAUCGACCGUCGCUUUUGGAUUACUAUUUUCAUGGGCAUCAUCGGUCCAUUGUCCUUUUUGAAGAAGUUGGAUUCGCUCAAGGCCACGAGCGCACUGGCUCUUGUUGCAGUUGUCUAUUUGGUUUUCAUCGUUAUAUAUUAUUAUGUGAAUCCGGAAGGACCUUUACCACCCAAGGAGGAUAUUCAGUAUUUUAAAUUUUCAGGACAGUUCUUUACAACGCUUCCGAUCUUUGUCUUUGCCUUCACAUGCCACCAAAACAUCUUUUCUUGCUACAAUGAAUUGACGGAUAACGGCCAAAGUAUGUUGAACAGGAUCAUCACAAGCUCUAUUGGAGCGGCUGUUGGCGUGUACCAUGUCAUCGGUGUAUUGGGAUACUUGACGUUUGGAAAUGCUGUCGGAAGUAAUAUUAUCCAAAUGUACAACUCUUCUAUGUUGGUCACGAUUGGUCGUAUCGCCAUUGUGGUUCUAGUGAUGUUCUCUUUCCCACUGCAGUGUCAUCCCUGUAGGGCCUGUCUGGACAAGGUGCUAUUCGCUUUUGGAGAGUAUUGGCAAACGACACGUUUCGGCAAGGCCAAGAAAUAUAACUCACUAAACUCCCAUGAUGCUGAUGAAGAUCAUGCCUCAAACACAGCUACUCUUAUAGGCGCUCAUCAACAUGACGACCAUGGUGGGGUUAUCCCCGAGCCAUCACAACUCAAAUACAUUGUUAUGACCUCUGCAAUUAUUCUUGGAAGCUAUAUUGUUGCGAUAACUGUUUCGGAGCUGGAACUUGUCCUGUCGCUUGUGGGCUCGACUGGAUCGACAGCAAUCUCGUUUAUUUUACCAGGAAGCUUCUACUAUAAACUACACGUAAACGACCCUUGGACUGUACGCAAGAUGCUGUCAGUGGGUCUGUUGACCUAUGGAUGGCUUGUCAUGAUCAUCUGUCUGUCAGCCAACAUUCGCCGUAUUAUUAGUGGAUAAGAUGUAUUAUAUAUUUGGAACAUGUAUGGGAAAUGCAACAAGAGCUGGGACGUUUGAUUGAUUGUUGCAUAGAUUUUUUUUUUUCGUUUCCUAUAACAAAUAGUGUAUCAUUCGUUCAUAAUUA